UCCUCAGUACACCGACCCCCUUAUAAAAGCUCAAACCCCUCGUGGAACCCUACUGCGCAGGUUCCUCCUCCUCGCGACCUCGCCUCUCGCAUCGCCGCCGCCGCCGCCGCCGCCACGGCCAGAGCUCGAGUCGCUCCCAAGAUUUAAGGUCGUUAUGGUAAGGGUCAGUGUGCUUAAUGAUGCUUUGAAGAGCAUGUAUAAUGCUGAGAAGAGAGGGAAGCGUCAGGUCAUGAUCAGGCCGUCGUCCAAGGUCAUUAUCAAGUUUCUUCUGGUCAUGCAGAAGCAUGGUUACAUCGGUGAGUUUGAGUAUGUGGAUGAUCACAGGGCAGGAAAAAUUGUGGUUGAACUGAAUGGCAGGUUAAACAAGUGUGGUGUCAUCAGUCCACGCUUCGAUGUUGGAGUGAAGGAAAUUGAGGGAUGGACAGCAAGGCUGCUUCCAUCUCGGCAGUUUGGUUACAUCGUGCUGACAACAUCUGCUGGCAUCAUGGACCAUGAGGAAGCCAGGCGGAAGAACGUCGGUGGCAAAGUUCUUGGCUUCUUCUACUAAGAUGGAAAUUUUGUGAGGAGUGUCAGUUUUUUUUUGUCUGAAUAGGUGGAGACGUGAACUUCUGAAGAAUCAGCAUGUUUGUUAUUUCGUUUUGGAUUUGUGAAUGAGGCUCGGUUGACGGUUCAUUUGUUAGAGCUCCAAACCGUGACGAAGUGACUGCACAACUUACAUAGUUGGCAGCUGGAUUUUAUGGAAUUAAGCUUUGAUACUUUGAUGUGA